GGGUAGUCUUACCGUCUUUGAGCUGUGUUUGCGUUUAAUUUAAACACACAAAGUUUGGGAGUAUAAUCUGGAGAGCGGAAGCGAUACUGACAGCUCGAUAGUAAUAUUAGAUUCCCCCCUCCCACCCAAACUAUGAUUAACAACCGGAAACAGGGAAGAAAAUGGGAAAUAUUAAUUUUCUGCGUGUUAGAAAUAGCUCUCACUAGCUUCAAGUUACCUUUGUUUACAUGCCAUGACUUUGAAUUGCUGGCCUUGAUUAACCAAACGCAGGCACACACACACGCAGGCACACACAAACAAACUUUGCUCCGCUUUAGGAACUCCAAGCAUGCUUACGUUUUGGGUUGGGACAGUUAAUGAAUUGGGGAGGGGGGUGGUGUUGCAAGCGUGUGCCUUCACUGGGCAACGCAGUGGGCAGCAGACUUUUUGCAGCUGCGGUAGAGCAGGCAAGAACUGAAUAGUGCCCUUUCCUCUUUGCUACUCAUGUUUGGCUUCUGUAAGUCAAAUUUUUUUAAACCUCUUUUUUAUUUUUUAUUUUUUUAAACAACAACAACACAAAACAGCUCCCUCCCCAGUCCUGUUCUUUCGAACAGUGAGAACUUUGUAGGGAAAGAGAGAGUUUGCUUAGCCUGAUUUUCUCUCUCUCUCUCUUUAAAACCAGUUAAGUGGUCAGGGGGAUUGGGAAGCUGGCUGGAAGAGGAAGUAGUGUGGAAGGCUCGGGGCAUCUUCCCCAGCCAGCCCUUUCAAGCACUUGUGCGCCUGCCUGCUAAGAGGGACUCUGAACUGGUAAAUAAAGCAGAGGCUUUCCCGGAUGGCCUUUUGGCAUCCCAGCAACUCCGAGCGCUCAAGUUGGCUGAAGGCGGUUCAGCGAGGAAGGAUGCCUCCGAGCCAGCCGAACCCGGGCCAGUACGCGCUGACCAACGGCGACCCGCUGAACGGCCACUGCUACCUGUCGGGCUACAUCUCGCUGCUGCUGCGGGCCGAGCCUUACCCGACGUCGCGCUACGGCAGCCAGUGCAUGCAGCCCAACAACAUCAUGGGCAUCGAGAACAUCUGCGAGCUGGCGGCCCGGCUGCUCUUCAGCGCCGUCGAGUGGGCCCGCAACAUCCCCUUCUUCCCGGACCUGCAGAUCACCGACCAGGUGGCCCUGCUGCGCCUCACCUGGAGCGAGCUCUUUGUCCUCAACGCCGCGCAGUGCUCCAUGCCCCUGCACGUGGCCCCGCUCCUGGCCGCCGCUGGCCUCCAUGCCUCGCCCAUGUCCGCCGACCGCGUGGUGGCCUUCAUGGACCACAUCCGCAUCUUCCAGGAGCAGGUCGAGAAGCUCAAGGCCCUGCACGUCGACUCCGCCGAGUACAGCUGCCUGAAAGCCAUCGUCCUCUUCACGUCAGAUGCCUGUGGCCUGUCGGACGCAGCGCACAUCGAGAGCCUCCAGGAGAAAUCGCAGUGCGCCCUGGAGGAAUACGUGCGGAGCCAGUACCCCAACCAGCCCAGCCGCUUCGGCAAACUGCUCCUCCGGCUGCCUUCGCUGCGCACCGUCUCCUCGUCGGUCAUCGAGCAGCUCUUCUUCGUCCGCUUGGUAGGUAAAACCCCCAUCGAGACCCUCAUUCGAGACAUGCUGCUCUCCGGCAGCAGCUUCAACUGGCCUUACAUGUCCAUCCAGUGUUCCUAGAGCACCUCGCGGCCUCCCCCGCUAGAGACCCCGCGGAAGUCCAGCACCCGGCGCCCUAGGGCGACCCAGGCACGCUGGGGGCGCGCGCGGCACGGCUGGGGGGGUCCCGAGGAGGAGGAGGAGGACAGACAGACAGACAAACCCACCCUCCCACCCACCCAUCUAAUCAGAAACCUCAGACACUGAAAGAAAGACUCGCUUAGGAUCAGACCCGGGCUGAGAGGCGGAAAGGACACCUCGUGCUUGUGGAACAAACAAUAACACAGAGAUGGGAAACUUAAAGCAAAACAAAACAAAAAGGACCGAAGGGAUUUUAAUAUAAACCCCAAAGGAGACUAGAAUGGACCUUCCUGGAUUUAUGAUGGACUGAGGUGGAUAUCGUCUGUACAGCAAACACACAGUUUAAAAACAAAACAAAACAAAACACAGAGAGAGCAAAACUGAAGCAGAAUUGACUGGUGUAGUGGGGGGAAAGGGGGAGGCUCCCACCCGCAGUCAAAUACUUACCACGAACAUUGUUCUUCAUUUUGUAAUAUAUUAGUCUUUAUUUUCACUUUUUUUGUAAAAUUUAAAACAUCGUAUGAGCAUAAAGGAAAAAAACCACCAUAAGAAACAAACCAGAAUUAGGGGGGGAAAUAACAUUUUCCAAAUAAUUAUUAAAAAAAAACAAGGAAUUGUUCUGUGUGUAUGUA